CAACAAAACCAACCACAGAUUUCACCCCCCCUCCAGAACAUAUCCAGGGCUCCACAUGUACAAUUAUUGAUGUACUAUAUAAGUUAGGUGCAGUAGUUUUAAAGUUUUGUUAAUUGAAUCCCUUAUCUGUCAUGUUGCCAACACAUGUGUGUUUUAAAUUUGUGUGUGUGUAUGCGUGUGUGUUUGUGCGUGUGUGUGUGUGUGUGUGUGUGUGUGUGCGUGUGCAUGUGUGUGUGUGUGCGUGUGUGUUUGUAUUUUUCAGGUGUUCUGAGCCAGAGGGGAUGGGGAGUGACUUACACCCCUGAGAGAAUCUGUGCCUUAAAGGGGUCUUCAGUUGACAUGAGCUGCACUUACUCAUAUCCCACAUCUGGCCCAGUGCAGAAAACAUUAUGGUUUAUUCACUGGAAUGAGCCACAGGAGCCUGAGGACCUGUCCCAGAAUGCAGAGUACUCUCACCGUGUGGAGUACCUGGGGAAUAAGAACAAUGACUGCGCUUUCAGAAUAAAGCAACUGAAAGAAAGCGAUUCAGCAAUAUAUCGCUUCAAGUUCCUGACUGACAGCCAACAUGGAAAAUAUACUGGUCAGCCUGGAGUCUCAUUGACAGUUACAGGUCUUCAGGUGAAAGUGACAGAGAAUGAGGCACAGAGUGUAACACUGACCUGUAGCAGCACCUGCACUUUGAGUGGCAGCCCAACCUUUACCUGGUACAAGAACAGAGAAGUUGUGACCAAUAAAAAUGAAUACUCCCUCAAUGUAGCCAGCACUGGUGAUACAGAUCUCUACUCCUGUGCUACAGGAGGAGUCACUUCCCCUGCAGUCAAUGUGAAAUGUGUGAAGGUGGAAAUCAUUUCUGACACAGUGUCAGGGGGAGAUUCAGUGGAACUGACCUGUAGAGCAACCUGCACUUGGCUGGGCAACAGCUUCAUUUGGUACAAGAAUGAGCAGCGUCUGACUGACUACUACAGGUUCUCCCAGUCCAAUAUAAAGUUCACUGCCAAAAGUGAAGAUACUGGCAGAUACUCCUGUGUUGUAAACGACAAUCAGCGUCUUGUUUCCCCUGCCGUGACUCUCAGUGUGAGAUGUGUAAAGGUUGAAAUGAAAUCUAACACAGUGAGUGAGGGAGUGAGGGUGACACUAACCUGUAAAAUCACCUGCACUGACCUGACUGGCAGCCAAACAUUCAUCUGGUACAAGAAUGGACAAUAUCUGUCUCACACCACCCAGAAAUAUCAAAAUCAUGACCUUCAGUUCAUAGCCAGCAGUGGAGAUGCAGGCAGCUACUCCUGUGCAGUAAGUGGCCAUGAGAAUCUCCCGUCCCCAGCAGUGACUCUCUAUCCUCCGAAGAGCGUCUCAGUAUCAGUGAGCCCCUCUGGUGAAAUAGAGGAGGGCAGUUCAGUGACUCUGACCUGCAGCAGCAGUGAUGCCAACCCAGCAGUGCAGAGAUACACCUGGUAUAAGAAGACUGGAUCUGCAUUCUCGAGUAGAGGAUCAGAACAGAGUUACACCAUUAAUAAAAUCAACUCCGGGGAUGCAGGAGAAUACUACUGUGAGGCAGAGAAUGCAAUUGGGACAGACUGGUCUUCUCAUAUGAAUCUCAAAGUGCUGUGUUUGAAGGUGGAUAUAAAUUCUGACACAGUGUCAGGGGGAGAGACAGUGGAACUGACCUGUAGAGCAACCUGCACUUGGCUGGGCAACAGCUUCAUCUGGUACAAGAAUGAGCAGCGUCUGACUGGCGACUACAGGUUCUCCCAGUCCCAUAGAAACCUUACAUUCACAGCCAGAAGUAGAGAUACGGGCAGAUACUCCUGUGCUGUAAGAGACAAUCAGCAUCUUGUUUCCCCCGCCGUGACUCUCAGUGUGAGAUGUGUAAAGGUUGAAAUGAAAUCUAGCACAGUGAGUGAGGGAGUGAGGGUGACACUAACCUGUAAAAUCACCUGCACUGACCUGACUGGCAGCCAAACAUUCAUCUGGUACAAGAAUGGACAAUCUCUACAACACACCGACCAGAAAUCUCAACAAGAUGACAACCUUAAGUUCAAAGCCAGCAGUGGAGAUGCAGGCAGCUACUCCUGUGCAGUAAGAGGUCAUGAGAAUCUCCCGUCCCCAGCAGUGACUCUCUAUCCUCCCAAGAGCGUCUCAGUAUCAGCGAGCCCCUCUGGUGAAAUAGUGGAGGGCAGUUCAGUGACUCUGACCUGCAGCAGCGAUGCCAACCCACCAGUGCAGAGAUACACCUGGUAUAAGAAUAAUAGGGCUGUAUCCUCAGAGACAGGAGGACCAGAGCACAGUUACACCAUUAAAACCAUCACACUGCAGGAUGCAGGAGAAUACUACUGUGAGGCACAGAAUAAGAUUGGGAUGAAACAAUCUCUUGCUAAACAUCUUGAUGUGCAGUAUCCUCCUAAGAGCGUCUCAGUAUCAGUGAGCCCCUCUGGUGAAAUAGUGGAGGGCAGUUCAGUGACUCUGACCUGCAGCAGCGAUGCCAACCCACCAGUGCAGAGAUACACCUGGUAUAAGGAUAAUAGAGCUGAACUCUCAUGGAGAGGAUACAGUUACACCAUUAAAAGCAUCAGACUGCAGGAUGCAGGAGAAUACUACUGUGAGGCACAGAAUAAGAUUGGGAUGAAACAAUCUCUUGCUAAACAUCUUGAUGUGCAGUAUCCUCCGAAGAGCAUCUCAGUAUCAGUGAGCCCCUCUGGUGAAAUAGUGGAUGGCAGUUCAGUGACUCUGACCUGCAGCAGUGAUGCCAACCCACCAGUGCAGAAAUACACCUGGUUUAAGAAGAAUGACACUGGAGUCUGGCAGGCAGGAUCUGGACAGAGUUUGAACUUUUCUGAGUUUAGAUCCUGGAACAGAGGACAGUACUACUGUGAGGCACAGAACAGACUUGGAGCUCAGAAUUCUUCUGCUCUGCUGGUCACAGUGCAAGCAGUAGAUAGGACAGCGCUUGUAUGGAUGGUUGUUGGAAUCACAGUGGCUUUUGCACUCUUUACUGUCAUGGUGUGCACAAGCAGGAAGAAGAGCACCAACAGAGAGAGAGGGAGGAGCAGACGCUCUCGUACUAGCAGAGCCUUCAGAGAGUGACAAACGCAGCCAGCGACACAAACUCUGCGCUUCAGAGAGCUGACGAGGCCUCAGUGUGGGAUUAAAACACACAGAGGAGAGAAUCUGCAGAGAAUGAGAAAUGGUGGAGAUCAGGGUGAAAGAGUCGCUUUUUGUCUUUAACUUUACAGAACUGCUGUCUGUUUCUGCUAGAAUCUCCAUCUUAUGAAGAGCUGUUGGUGGAGGAUUUUUCCCAAGUACUGUAACCCUGCUGCAACAUGCAUGUUCAUGUAAUCCUGCUGCAACAUGCAUUGUCAUGUAACCCUGCUGCAGACAUGCUCCUGUGACACCGUUACACGUUUAUAUAACUCUGUUACACACAUGCUUAUAACUCAUGUACAUGCGCAUAUAUUCUCUCACAUUGAAUGGGAAGAUUAUAAUGCAGAUUAAUGUAGAUUAUAUUCUCAAGUCACUUUUAAAGGCAAGUCACUUUAAAGGCAAAAAAAACAGUGUUUUUGUUUCACGUUUUACAUUGCCUUGUUGUAUUGAGCCCAUAUUUACUGUUUCUGUCUGUUUAGCUAUUUGAAAUAAUGCAUAUUUUUAGUUGUUUUCUUUACAUACAUUGUUUUAUUUUGUGUAUUACUGUAUUACGGUUUAUUUGAGCAUUUUAAAGCACUCAAACCUAUGUUCUGAAAAAUACUAUCAUUAUUUUCUACAUAUGGCCAUUAUGUUUUGCCUGCAUAUCCC